UCAGAGGAGGAAGGCCGCGAGACGAGCCACAGCCUCGCCCCCCUCAACAGCUUCCAACUGAAAAGUCGCCUUGACGUUAUCCAGUGACGUCACCAGCGCUUUUGCCCGGGGGAGGGGGGCGGAGGCAGCCUGGGAGCUGGUGCAGAAUUUUUGAAAAGGCAAAUAGCAGAUGUGCUAAAAUAAGACUGGACUUGCAAGAUUUCUUUUGGACUCUGGAAAGCCUGCUGUCUGAAACUGCUGUGAGUCUCUCAGGGGCUCACUCAGGCAUGUGCUAUGGACCAACAGGGCCGCCCUCUGCACAUGGGCAGAGUUGGGAGCGGGUGCAGGUUUUUAAGAAGGCAAAUAGAGAAGUCUUAAGAUCCUCUUUCUCUUGCAAGGUUUCACUUGGACUCUGGAGAACUUCCCCCUUGCAACUCUGCUGUUCUCUCAGGGUUCUGCUGAAGACCAACAGAGCUGCCCGCUGCACAUGGGCAGAAUUGCCUCUGCAGGAGGUCCCAGAUCCUGCCUUUAACUUCAUAGAAGGACCUGACAAGGGAGGAAGGUGAUCUCUUGGUCCAGGUGGAGACUGGAGAGGAAGGGGGGAUGAGUGGAGAUCUGGACCCCACAGAUCUGGAAUCGAGGAGAGGCCUUGAUGCCCUGGAGGCUGGGAGCAGAAGGGAGCUGUGGGGAGAAACAGUGCAGAAGAGUCUGGCAGUUGACGUCCUCCCUGCUGAUGUAUAGCAAUUGCCCAGUGGCAUCAGCGUGGUUGCCUGGAGGUGAGACGAGGAAGCCUGGAGGCUACAGCAGCUUUUUUAAAGAGACAGAUAAGUCUGUUUUUAAGAUUUCCUUUUAGCUCUGAAGAGCCUCCCCUCUGCAACUCUGGUUGCUCUCUUAGGCACUCACUCAGGACUCUGCGGCAGACCCAACACGGCUGCCCUCUGCACAUGGGCAGAGCCAGCUCUGCAGGACGUCACUUCUCUGUCCCUUGAUGUUAUAGAAAGACCUGGCAGAGGGAGGUGAUCCCUUGGUCCAGGUGGAGACGGUUUGGAGAGGAAGGGAGGAUGAGCAGAGAUCUGGAUCCAGUAGAUCCGGGAUCAAGGAGAGGCCCCGAUGCCGUGGAGACUGGGAGCAGAAAGGAUCUGUGCGGAGAAACAGUGCAAAAGAGCCCAGGAGACAGUAUCCUCCUUCCAGAUGUGCACCGACAGCAAUUCAGGCACUUCUGCUACGAGGAUGCCCAAGGGCCCCGAGAGGUCUGCAGCCGACUCCACCACCUUUGCUGCCAGUGGCUGAAGCCAGAGAGGCACAGCAAGAAGGAGAUGCUGGACCUUGUGAUCUUGGAGCAGUUCCUGGCUGUCCUGCCCCCAGAGAUGGAGAGCUGGGUGAGGGAAUGCGGGCCGGAGACCAGUUCCCAGGCAGUGGCCCUGGCAGAAGGCUUCUUCCUCAGCCAGGCAGAGGGAAAGAAUCAGGACCAGCAGGUACAGGAAAAGAUCACGCAGGUGUGUUACCCUGGAGCAACCUUUCCAGGUGGUGCACUAAAACCAAUAUAUUCUUCGCCAUCUCUUUGUGACAAAACAGCAUCUGUGAAGCCAGAGCAGGGUGUGUUGACCUUUGAGGAGGUGUCUGUACAUUUCACUGAGGAGGAGUGGGCUCUGCUCAGUUGGGACCAAAGAAUCCUUCACCAGGAAGUCAUGGAGGACAAUUGUGAGAAUGUGGCUUCUCUGGAAAGACUUCUUCUUCCCAAUCCCGAUUCCAAAUCUACAGCAGAAGAAACAGGAAACCAGCUUUUUGAAGACCCAGAAGCAAGAAAGGAAUCAACAGAUCUGCAUCCUUUUGUGUUGGAAGAGGAGGUUCCUGGUCCUCGGAAUAAGUCCAGUGGAGAACUACAACAGUUCCUGUUGGAGGGAAAACAGCAGAGAAGAAACACUGGGAAAAAAUGUAAGAAGGGAAAUGAAUCUUUUUCUUCUCAGAGUACAGAAUCCCUGGUAUUUGAUACACACUGGAAAAUCAACACAGGGGAGAAACCAUAUAAAUGCUUAGACUGUGGAAAGAGCUUUGCUUUGAAGGGAGACCUUACUGGCCAUCGACGUAUCCACACAGGGGAGAAACCAUAUAAGUGCUUAAACUGUGGAAAGAGCUUUGCUCGGAGUGUCAACUUUACUGCCCAUCGACGUAUCCACACUGGGGAGAAACCAUAUAAAUGUAUGGAGUGUGGAAAGAGCUUUGCUUUGAAGGGAGACCUUACUGGCCAUCAACGAAUCCACACAGGUGAGAAACCAUAUAAAUGCUUGGACUGCGGAAAAAGCUUUGCUUGGAUUGUCAACUUUACUGUCCACCGACGUAUCCACACUGGGGAGAAACCAUAUAAAUGUUUACAGUGUGGAAAGAACUUUCGCCGGAGUGACAACCUUACUGUUCAUCAAAGAAUCCAUUCAGGUGAAAAACCAUAUGAAUGCUUGGAGUGUGGAAAAAUCUUUGCUCGGAGUGACAAUCUUACUGCCCAUCAGCAAAUCCACACUGGGGAGAAACCAUAUCAGUGCUUGGAGUGUGGAAAGAGCUUUUCUUCUAAAGGAGCCCUUGCUGCCCAUGAACGAAUCCACACAGGGGAGAAACCAUUUAAGUGCUUGGAGUGUGGAAUGAGCUUUGUUCGGAAUGCCCAUCUUACUGCCCAUCGGCGAACCCACACAAGGGAGAAACCAUAUAAAUGUCUGGAUUGUGGAAAGAGCUUUGCUCGGAGUGAUACACUUAUUACUCAUCAACUAAGCCACACAUGGGAUAAACCAUAUAAAUGCUUGGCGUGUGGAAAGAGCUUUGUUCGGAGUGACAAACUUACUGCCCAUCAACGAAUCCACACAGGGGAGAAACCAUAUAAAUGCUUGGAAUGUGGAAAGAGUUUUACUCAGAAUAAAAACCUUUCUACACAUCAACGAAUCCACACAGGGGAGAAACCAUAUAAAUGCUCAGACUGUGGAAAGAGCUUUGCUCAAAGUUCACACCUUACAGCCCAUCAACGAAUACACACAGGGGACAAACUUUAUAAAUGCGUUGAAUGUGGAAAGAGUUUUGCUUUGAAGCGAACCCUCAUUGGUCAUCAACAAACCCACACAGGCGAGAAACCAUAUAAAUGCUUGGAGUGUGGAAAGAGCUUUCAUCGAAGUGACAACCUUACCGUCCAUCAACGAAUCCAUUCAGGGGAGAAACCAUAUAAAUGCCUGGAGUGUGGAAAGAGCUUUGCUCGGAGUGACAACCUUACUGCCCAUCAUCAAAUCCACACAGGCGAGAAACUAUACGAAUGCCUUGAAUGUGGAAGGAGCUUUGGUCGGCGUGCCCAUCUUACUGCCCAUUGGCAUAUGCACACCGGUGAGAAGCCAUUUAAAUGCUUGAACUGUGGAAAGAGCUUUGCUAGGAGCGAUGUACUUAUUGCUCAUCAACGAAUCCAUACAGGAGAGAAACCAUAUAAAUGUUAGGGGUGUGGAAGGAGCUCCUUGGAAGGAAGACCUUAAAGCUAUCAACAGUUCCAUAUAGGAGAGAAACUAUAUAAAUGCUUGGAGUGGAAGGCGGAUUACUUGGAAGGGAGGCCUUGUGGGCCAUCAACAAAGCCAUACAGGGAAGACAGAUAUAUGCCUGGUAUGUUGAAAGAGCUUUGCUUAAAAUUGUACUCUGGCUGCUGAUCAACACAUACACACUGAGGAGAAACUAUAUAAACGUUUGGAGUGUGGAAAAACCUUUGUUCAGAAGAAACAUCUUGUGAAACGCCAAAGAAUCCACACGAUAGAAAUGAUACAAAUGCUUGGGGUGGAACAUAGGGAGGGGGACGAUUGCAGAAGGGUCAGACUGCCAUGGACUUUCAUGCCAUGCAGUCACCAACCGCAGAGGCUGUUUCUUCCAGGGGAACUGGUCCCUGUAGCAUGGAGAAAGAGCAUUUCAGGAGCUCUCCAGGCUCCACCAGGAGGAUGGCAACCCCAGGCUGAGCCGUUACCGCUUUCCAAACUCACAUUAAAUAUUGUGAGGGGGCACUCCUCUAGUUUCAAAUAAACUCUUCCACCUAUAACUUUCUUGGGAGUUGCCACCCCAAGUAUAUACAUCCAAGAUCAGCUUGCCAUUAUUUUGAGUUUUGUGUGCACUCUUUUCCCAAAUUCCAGCCUGCUUCCCCCUCACCUCAUCCCUGUGAUCUUUCUGGGAGCUUCAUUCUUUCCCCAUUUUCUUCCAAGGCUCGGAAUCUCCUUAUAUUGGUUUCCAUCUGUGGGCAUACUCCAAUAUACCUAUUCAGUAGGAAAUUAUUACUUGAUUUAGAGUACUGAUAUGCCUCUACUUCAGAAGGCUAUACGGGAAACCUCACAAUUAAAAUAAUAAAAGCCAAUAAGAAAUUAAACAGCUAAAACAAAUGGAGUCCCUUAGAUAGGAGCCAGGGGUGGGGGGGGAUAUGGGGCCUUAAUGAAUACACACAUAUGAUAUGUGUGUAUUCAUUAAGGCCCCAAGAAGGCCUAGAAAGAGAGGGUAGUCUGUGGUUAUUGUUCAGUUUGCACUCCGGUCUCUGUAAAUGUGGUUUUGUUUCUUUGUCCUGGGAGUGAGCCCUGUUGAAUAAACUUGUAUAGGUUGUUGAGUAGACCAA